UUCUUCUAGAUGGCAACACUGCGGCAACUGUCAAAAUCGUCCAAACAAAAAAAAUCGGAUACGUGGAUGAUUAUUUUUAUUUUGGUUUCUGCCCUUCACUUUCCUGUAAAACACGUAAAAAUUUAUUAUCGAUUGAUAAAAUGAACGAAGCGGACAUCCCGAUCGACAUCCACGCCGGCAAGCUGCAGGACUGGCUGGUCUCACGUCGGAUUGUGAACAAAAAUUGGCACCUGAAUGUUCGCGACGUCCGCAGCAAGAUCAGCUCCGCGCUGACCGACAUGCCAGCCCAUGAUGGGCUGGUUCAGCUGCUGAAGGGAGCUCACAUAAAUUACUUCCACUGCCAGCAGAUCAUCGACAUCCUAAAAAUGACCGAGGCCGAUACCAAGAACGUAUUUGGUCGGUACGGUAGCCAACGGAUGAAGGAUUGGCAGGAAAUCUUGAGGUUGUAUGAGAAGGAUAGCUUGUACCUAGCGGAAGCCGCCCAGAUAUUGGUCCGCAACAUAAACUACGAAGUUCCGGGGAUUCGUAAGCAGAUCAAGAACUUUGAACAGCUGGCCGAGGAAGCGGAAAAGAAGAUAGAAGACCUGAAGCGUUCGGAGAAUGUGGUCCUAGGGGAGUAUCACACGUUAUGCAAGCAGCUGGGAAUUGCCGGUGACAAUAUUCGCCAGGAACUGGUGGUGAAAGUGGGCGAACUACCGAAGAUGUUGAACGACAUUGCCGGUACGGUUUCGGCGCUGAAGAAGGCCAUCGAGCUGUACAGUGCCUUCCUGGGGAACGAAGGGUGCUUGCCGAUUCUGCGGCAUGUGGCUUCCUCCGGCAAUACGACAGUAUAUGAGUUUUUGUAUUCGGAACCACCGUUGUCUAUUGAAGAGCCACCGGUAAAGUUCGAACUGAAGGAAAAAGAGCAAGCACCAGCCGGAGAAAUCGACUUUGGAGAUGCUGGUGGAGAGGCCAUUGAUUUUGGAGAUGCCGGGCAGAUCGAUUUUGGUGCCGUCGAUAAUGCUGAAAUCAAUCUGGAAGUGGGUGACAUUGACUGGGGAGCACCGGAAGAAGGAGCUGCCCAGGAUGGAAAUGAAAUAGAUUUCAACAUUUCCUUGGAGGAGAGUGGAAUCGUCGUGGAAGGUGACGGCAAUGCUGGCGGAGUGGCCAAGGGUGACGAGGCAUAUACCGUUUGCGACUCGCCGGUUUACAGGGAAAAAUUUAUCAACGAGCUCUUAGAGCUUGAAGCAUUCCUGAAAAUGAGACUGUACGAACUGAGCACCGCCGAUAAGGUUCAGAUCCUGUCUCUGACCAUGAUGGACAACUUUCCGGAUCAUGACACCAAAAGCCUGACGCAAAUGUUGUCCCAGGUCGAUGUCGUUUACAGUCAAAUCAACAGCCAGCUGAUCCAGCACUUGCACAGAAUAAAACAUUCAGCAAAAUACGUCGACAUUCUUACAUCGAAGCUGAAGCAGAAGCUGCUGGCCAUUGAUAAAAUGAAAGAUACAGCAAAACUCAUGAAGGAGAAAACGAUUGCCUUCCGUCAGCAGGGCGUCGAUCUCAAACCCACGCUGGCCAAGGUCAUCGAACAGACCAAGACGCUGCAAGGUCAAAUAGAGAAGGAUAUCUCCAAGCGCUACAAAAACCGGGUGGUCAAUCUGAUGGGAGCUAAUCUGUAGUAAGCAUGAACAGGAACGAUUGUGUGAUGUAUGUUGGUUUUCUGUUAUGGACAAAUGUAUUAAACACCCGGUGGAAAUGUUUAGUA